CGGUUUCACGUACCCACCUACUUUCACUGUACGUGGGUAUCUAGCUAUAAAAAAUAAAUAUAAAAAUUUGUGAUUACAUAUAAAGUGUGGCCCACAUUAAACAUAUUCAUGCAGUUAUUGCAGACACAAAAUUUCAACGUCUGUCUGUCUAACAAUCCAUGCUUGACGAUUCACAUUACGCACAAACAUAAACUGUUUCCUUCUUCCACCUCAUUGUCUUUCCUCACCCACCAUUACCCAAAACUCACUCCCUUCAAUUCACUCAAUCCAAACACCACCAAUCAUUCAAUUACACAUUCGCUCACCAAACCCAUUCACACAUCAUUUAUUACGCUUUCCUUUCCUCUUGAUUUCUCCGUCUCAAAUUUCCCACCAUGGAUUGCUCGGAAUCGAUUGAAUCACCCUAUAAACUCCUCUACAGAGCAAUCACAAUGAUACCCACAUCGCACUACGUGUUGGGUUUUCUAUUUGUUUGGGUUGCUUUCUUCUACAAAUUCUUGGAGUUCCACUUCCUCCAAGAUCUCCUCACCGGAUUUCGGGGGUCUCCGGUGACGCUGACAUUCAAUUCGUGCUCUCAGAUCUACAAUGGCGUUGCCUCCAAAUGUCGAAUUCUUCACGGCAGGUACUUGGUAACGCCGUGGCUAUCCAGUCCUCAUAUUCAGACCACUUUUUUGAGUUUCUAUGGGAAACCCCCUGUUGUAAGCUAUAGAAGACAAUUGUUUCAUGCAUCUGAUGGUGGAACUCUUGCUCUGGACUGGCUAGCGAGAUCUGAUGUUAUGGAAGGAAUUAUGAACAAGAAUAAUGCAAUUUCUAAAGAUGAUCAAACCCCCAUUGUGGUGGUGAUCCCUGGCUUGACAAGUGAUUCUUCUGAUGCUUAUAUAAAGCAUCUUGCCUUCAAUAUUGCCAAGCAUGGAUGGAACGUUGUUGUUAGCAACCACCGAGGAUUAGGUGGCAUUUCAGUCACUACUGAUUGCUUUUAUAAUGCUGGGUGGACAGAGGAUCUACGGGAAAUCCUUGAUUAUCUCCAUCACGAAUAUCCCAAGGCUCCAUUGUUUGCUAUUGGAACUAGCAUUGGUGCAAACAUUUUGGUAAAAUAUCUUGGAGAGGACAGGGAGAAUGUUCCCAUUGCGGGGGCUGUUGCUAUCUGCUCUCCAUGGGACCUUCUGAUUGGUGAUAGGUUCAUUGGUCGCAGGCUCAUACAGAAGUUGUACGACAGAGCUCUGACCAUUGGCCUUCAAGGUUAUGCAUCAUUACAUCAACCUCACUAUUCUCGUCUUGCUGAUUGGGAAGGCAUUAAAAAGUCACGUUCUAUUCGAGAUUUUGACAACUACGCCACCUGUCUUGUUGGGAAAUUUGAGACUGUAGAUACGUAUUACAGGCGUUGUAGCAGUACUAGUUAUGUGAAAAAUGUGUCCGUGCCACUACUCUGCAUCAGUGCUUUGGAUGAUCCACUUUGUACUAGGGAAGCCAUUCCAUGGGAUGAAUGCAGAGCAAAUAAAAAUAUUGUUCUGGCUACAACACAGCAUGGAGGGCAUCUUGCAUUUUUUGAGGGAAUAACAGCAUCUGGCCUAUGGUGGGUUGGGGCAGCUUAUGAAUUCCUGAGUGUUCUACAUUCUAGUCCAUUUAUGCAUAGCCAAAAGAAGGCACAGAAUCCUGGGCUGCAUUCUUCAAUGGAGUCUUCAAUCGAUCAGGGUCCAUAUCUAAAUGUAUCAGAUGGAAUGGUGUCUGCAAUGGGCAAUGAGCUGACAACAAAUAAUGUGGUCCAAGACUCAUCUGAAGUGGAGCGGAUUCAUAACACGACUAAAGAAUUGGCUUUAGAUACAGAACAAGGUGAGCUCAAAAGUGAAGGUAAGUGGGAUAGCAUGCCCAACGGUGCCCAAACCUCCAAGCGAGUUUCAAACAUAAAGGAUUCUGAGUCUCUUGACAUAACUGCUCCGGUUAAAAGAUUCUUAGAUCAGCUUUAUCUUCAAAAUAGAAGAUCAAUAUGGCUUCUUGGUUUCAUUGCCAUCACAUCAAGUUGGCCACUGGUAAGUGCAGCUCUUCAGUUUCUCUUUAGAAAGAAGCUCAAGAAUGUCUCACCUGCAAAGUUACAGUAGACAUAGAUCUCCAUAGUGGUAAUCGGUAAAUAUGUACUCGUGUUGAUUCUCAUUUUGAAAUCUUCGUUGUCACCUAGGUUGACUCGUAUGUUUCCAUGUAAAAUUGUGAACCAUCUGGUGGGUGUAGAUAAUACAGGUCGAAAACUUUUCGAAAUUAGCAUGGGAUAAUUGGGUUAUUUAGACUCUCAUGCAUCUAAACAUUCAGUUUUACCAUAUUAAGAAGAUGUUUUUCUAUUUUCUAUCUUC